AUGAGUGACGAUUCUAAGAUCAAGGAAGUAUACCAACUCCUCAGGCAUAUUCAGCCAUCUAAAAUUGAGCACCGCCGCGAGGAUGCCAUUACAUUAGCCAAUGAUUUAGAGGAGGAAAUCCUUCAGACAGUUGAUGUGCCACUCAAAAUUGUCCAAGAUGAGGUAAAGAAUGCCCCAUACAUCGCAUGCGAAUUUAACCGCGAUCUUGACAGCUACAGGUCUCCAAUCAGCAACAAAUACUUCCCAAGUUUACCAGACGGCCAGAAGCUUCCAAAGCGCCUUCGUAAUAUGGAAAUCAAAGCUAAUACAGCUUUCGGUGCUUAUACCCAUCUCUACUACAACGGAGGCAUUUGCUCUGUUUACUUCUGGGAAAUUGAUGAGGGAGUCUUCGGAUGCGGUGUUUUCAUUAAGAACGAAAUCGACACAGGACUUCGCAGUGGCGAGCAUAUCAAGGGCUCAAUCAACUGUGCAGAUACAAUCGAAGUUGAUGAAACAAACAAAACAGCAACUUAUACACUUACAUCCUCCGCUAUUGUCAACGUCGAGCUUGACGUUGGAAUCGGAACACCACUCACUAUUUCCGGCUCUACAUCUGACAGAAAAGUCAAGAAAGCCAAGUGGGCAAAAGAUGACGAUCAUAUCGUUAACAUCGGCCAGCUUGUCGAAUCUAACUCGGCAAACUUCAAGGAUACAAUCGAUGGCAUCUUUGUUGGCAAGAUGAAGCAGAUCAUGGAUCUCCUUGCCAACAACGACGGCCGCGCUCAACAGGCUGCUAUGGCUGAGGCUUUCGCAGCUCAGGCCCGCGCUCGUGGAAACAAAUAA